UCUACUUGCAAGGGUUAAAACUUGAACAAAAAUUCAUUCUCUUUUACCUCGUCUUACCCCUCGUCUUGUCCUUGCUUCUUUGGAUUGUUACAAAAAAAUCCAAAACUCGAUGGAGCGGAUGACGGAUCGUCGAAUUCAGGCGAGAUGGUUUCGGAUGGGAGAGUGAAGAUUGCGAAGUGAGGCAACACCCUGUGGCGAGUGUCCGCGGUUUGUUUUCCACGCCGCGGACACGCCUAGUUAGCCAGGAUGGAAAAAAGAGGAAGACCACGAGCGAAGGUGAGGGACAAGAGGCGAGAAAAAGAUGCAACGUGCCGUAUUCUCUCCAACCUGGCCGCUCUCAUUGUCAACGCGAUCCACGCCUCGAGAUCGCUGCGCCGAAUAAAACGAUAACGUUACUAGGUCCUUGAUUCUCUUAAUUGCAACGUGCCGAGCGAGGACACGUGAUUUUAAUUCCGCGGAUGGAACGAACCGAGAUGCAUAACGCACGUUUAACGUAACAUUUUUUCUCAAAUCGAAUCGAAUAAUAAAAUUCCAACCAUUCUUGUACACUUCCCUUUCUACAGGUCUUGACAAUGAAAUCGUAUCCCAUAGAACGAUUCACCCUUAUGAUUUCUUCCCGGAAUAUCUGGAAUAUAAAAAAGAAGAGAGAGAGAGAGAGAAAGAAGAAUUAAGAAAAUAAACCUUCUAUUCGAGGCAAGACUCGAAGCUCCGACAAUCUGGACCAAAGAGGACGCGAUGCAAGGAGCGGAGAGAGAAAGAAAGAGAAGAAAGGGAUACGCGAGAGUUAAGGCCACGGAUCGUCCGCGACCUAAAACUACUUCCAUCUAUCACGGGGUCAACAGGGUCACGGUACCAGGCACUUGAAAUAAGAAUCCCUGUACAUUUAGCCAUCCCCUCCUUCCCUCCCUCCCUUCUCCUCCUCCGCCUCCUCCUCCUCCUCUCUACUAGAGGGAAAUUUUAAUUCGUUGCGCGAUCGCGAUCCUACCUUCUUCCUCUAUCUCGAUCUCGGCGGAUUCAGUGGGUCUGUGUGUCAGAAUGGGUCACGGCUGUGAGAGAAUCAUACGCGCGGGGAGCAGAGCGAGUGGAAUAGCGUGUGAGGUGAUGAGAAGGACGAGGAGGAGAGAGCUCGGCCCGUUGAACGGACGAGGAAGGCUGCGAGAGUUGUUUAGAGGCCUUUCGCAGGGGAGCCUGAAGGAAGGCGAGGGGGACGUGCACCGUCACGUGUACCAUUGGUAGGUCCGCGGACUUGUGUUGGCACAGCUUCUUACGUGGGAGACAACUCAGCCCGAUUCGCGAGGGAUGGCGGAUCGCCGGAUGGUAUAUAUUUGUCCGGACUUGGUUCUCCCGUCGUCAGUCUCCUGUCGCGUAUCCUGGGCCCCGCGGAAGUGCUCUCCCUCUCUCUUUCUCUCUUUAUCUCUCCCUCCCCCCCUCUCUAUCUCUCCGAAUCCGCCAAUUCACGAUCCACAAUUAUUCUUUCGUGGCGUCGUCGUCGUCGUCGUGUCGCUGGUUCUGCCAAUCGAAAGUAACGAGCAAGUUCUGUACGAAGUUAUAUUCCGUUAUAUUUCUGUUACACAGAGAGGAAGAUGAUCCUCGAUCUAUUCAAGUGUGUGUCGAUCUUGUUGGCGUGGUGUGCGCUCUGCGAGGGGAUACCAGAGGUUAAUAAGGAAGAGGAGAGCCUCGUUGACAGGGGAUUCAGGGCGAUGUACAGGGUGUACGAGGAUUGCCAGCAACGGAACAUAGCCGUGUCCCCGUGCCUGAAGAAGAAGGCGAUAGCGUUCUUCGAGAGGUUGGGGAGAAUACGUACCCUGCCCCUUUCGGAGAAUUUCGAGCUGAUCAGGAACACGGAUACCGAGAUGGCGAGGAGCUCGUUCGCCGAGUUGGAGACCCAGUUGGGGAGAACCGCGUCGAGCAAGGACGAGAUACUCAACGAGAUCCUGUUCGACAGGGUUGCUUCGUUGUUGAACAGUUUCAACGUUCAGAUCAGAUUGCCACGAACUAGCCCCGGCGAGUUGAAACGAGGUAUGGAGGAGGGACGUGGCAAGAUGAAGAAGAUGAUGGGCAUGAUGAUGAUGGGCAUGGCGAUGAAGAUGGCUGCAAUGAUACCCAUCGCCCUCGGGGUGCUGUUUCUGCUGGCCGGCAAGGCUCUGAUCAUCAGCAAAAUCGCCUUGGUCCUGUCCCUGAUUAUCGGUUUGAAGAAACUGCUGAGCUCCAAGCAGAGCAACGAUCACGGCGGUUGGCAGCACGGCGGUGGAGGUUGGGACAGAAGUUUGAAGAACGUUUUGAGCUCCACAGAGGCCACCACGACGGAACUGGCGCGCGAAUAUGCGCACAGCUUGGCCUACUCGGCGCGACAUCAGCACUGAAUCGUUGCGGAAAGAAGGGAAAGAAGGGAGAUCUUCCGGUUCCGGUUCGGCGUGCAUGGGCGCUUGAAUCGCGUCUACUACACAUUCCAGGCCAACAGACGUUCCGUUCGCGUUUAUUGGAUUGUUCUCGAAGAGUGACCUCGCAACAUUUUUUCUUUAACAUAAAGAAAUCAUUGAUAAGGAAUCGAACAAGUUCGUUCGUUGUUAUUGCUAUGAAUACGUAAAUGAAUAUUCGUGGAAAAGAAUAAUUGCAAAGAAACUUACAGGUAUUUCGAGAUUCGCGUCUUUCUUCCGAGAAACAUUAACGUUUAACGUAUACAUCGUCGAAUUAUUUAUAAAAGAAACGUGCAAGUUAUUAAAUUUUCUUAGUUACUCUUUUUCGUAGGCGUAUCCCUACUAUUCUGAAAAAUAUCCCGAAGAAAUGGAUAAGAAUAUUUGCAUAAUUUAUAACGAAUCCUAACGUCUCUUGCUAAAUUUGUAUAAAAAUAUUCUGCAAUAUAUAUUUAUACUAAAUUCCUACUCUCAACUUACUUUAUUCGCAAUUAAAAUUCUAUUUCUUCAUAGAAGAAAUUCUCCGAUAUCUUUUACUUGCGUCUUACUUUUUCUUUUUUUUUUCUUUCUUCUUAUCGAAAUAUCGCUCCACAAGUAAAAUUAAGCAAUCGUAACAAUGGGCGAGGAUUCCGUUUGCGAAAUUGAAGACUCGAUCGAAUCGAAUUUUUCUUCCAAUAUGAGAAACCAACAAGAACAAUUAUCGGAUAAAUACAUAUAAAUGCGAACGUUAGCGACACUUAUCAAGAAAUACCGUCACGCGAUAAUCAAGUGCAUCGUGUAUUACAACUGCCACUCAUUUUCGUUCCUCGUCAACCAAGAAUCCAUUCGGCACGAUAAUAACCGUACGUCUAUCUGCACGCAUGCGAAUUUCUAACGGAACCGAGUCGAGGCAUUUUUGUGUUCGAAACGAAUUGUAAACAGAGAAAAUUACUUCUACGUAUUAUUUGCAAUUGUUUUCUCCCGAUUGCAAACAAGCCGAACUCUUUCAUAUUCGUUUCCCUAAUAGUUCAAUUAACCUACGGAGACCCAGACCCAAUAAUGAUCAAUAAUAUCGUUAAAGAUAACGACGAUACUUAACGCGUUUGAUGCAUUUAUGCAAACUUAAAGAAGAAAAAAAAAAUACCUAGUAAAGUGUACCUGACAAAAAGAUACAGAGUUACAAUUUAAUUUCUCCGCUACGAGAAUAAACGUUCUUUUUAUUCCCAUUUAUCGUCUCGUCGUUAACAAUAUUGUCGAUCAUAUCUGGGCCCUUAUCCUAACAGAUAAGAAGUUUAUUUAUUGCUGAACGCCAUUUAUCGUAUUUAUCGUAUUUAUGAUACGUAUUGCAUUAACCCUUCUUUGACUUUUUUUGUAACAGACUCCUCCACGGAUGGAUCGAGCCUGAGAUCGAAUAAAGAGACGCGUAAUCGACGUGAAUAAGGAAGACACAACGGUUUAAUCAUUUCCAACGCUUAUUCUUUAGCUACACCAGAUAACGAGAAUACAAUAAUAUAUUACAUUGUUACGCCUAAAUCUUCGAUUCAAGAUCACGUGGGUCGUCACACAGCUGCAUUGCGCAUGCGCGCGGUGAUCCCACGUGAUCAUAACCUCAAAACAAUAGCGGCUAUCAGUUUUACCGAAACCAGUAUUAUUAUCGGCCUCACGUUUCAUAAUCACGGAUGUUCUCGUCGUGAAAUAGGUUCGUUCACUUCACUUUCAGACCGAGAACCGCGGCGAACAGCGCGAAGAAGAAGCCUGCAAGUAGCGCGGUAGCUUUUAACAAGAUCAGCCCUCCGACCAGUGUUGGAAUCAGAGCGACGAAUUUCAAUUUGUACGCCAUCAGCAACGCCAUCAUCGUGCGGUCCAUCUUUCGCUUCUUUCGCCGUGGACGGUCUGAAAGCAGAGGGGAUAAUUAUUGUCGUAUAUGUUCCGUCGAUUACCUUUCUUUUAUAUCGAUCCGUCUAUCGUAUAGAUGUAAAGAAAUUAUUUGAGAGAUUUUAUUUUUAUUCUUGUAACGACCGCGUAUUUAUCGAGAUUAUUUUCUGUAACGUUUUUAACAUAGAUAGUAAGAAAUCAAUAAAUGAGAAUGAAAAUUG